AUGGGUGCCGCAAAAACAAAUGGCCUCAACGGCCACACAAACGGCUCCACAAAGAGCCCCAAGAGCAACGGCCAUGCAGCGGGCCCGAUCACAAAGCGAUCUUCGAAAGUGCGCGCAGGCCCUGGCCUGUUCGCGCGGCUCUUCAGCAUGGUUGCGAGACUCUUAACAUGGUACUCCAUCAUCACUGUCCUCUUCCGCUGCCCGUCGACACUCGAGGAAUGUAACGAGACGACGCCCCAAAUCUGCAAGCCAUACUUCCAAGCCAAACAGGUGAUAUCACCGCAUCUAAGCCCCUACUACGAUACCUACGCCGCCCCUUACGUCGACCUUGCCAAGCCCUACUACGAAACGGUUGACCGUGUCGUCAUCACUCCUGGACGCAGUUACGCGGUCAAAUAUGCUGGCCCCCGCGUGUCCCAGGCCCAAGCCUACGGCAAGGCGCAGUGGGAGAAGAGCGUCCAGCCACAGAUUGCCAAAUACCAGGAUCUGGCUAAGGGCCACUACGCCCAGACUCUUGCUCCUCAUGUCGACUCUGCGUCCAAGGCCAUCGCUCCGUAUUAUAGCAUUGCAAAGACCAACGCGCUACAGACAUACCACGAGAUCAUCUUCCCGGCCUACGUCGCGGUGGCACCCUAUGGAAUUCAGGGCUACAAUGCCGCCCACGACUUCACGGUGAAGACGGCAAUCCCGUCCGGUCUUUGGGCAUGGAACAUGACCAACAAGUUCCUCGACACCACUGUCUGGCCACAUGUCCGUGACAUGUACGCCGUCAAGGUUGAGCCGCAGCUGAUCCGCAUUGGCGAGCGUCUUGGCCGGUACAGUGAGAAGAAGGCGAAGCCCGCGUUUGCCACCGAAGAGGCUGUCGAUUCAACCACUUCCAGCUUUGCCAGGCCGUCCGCAUCAGUAUCCAGCGCAGCUUCCGUCGUCUCCGAGAGUGUAGCAUCCGUCGCCUCAAAGGUUGUGUCGGAGGUCAAGUCCUUGACAGCCACGGAAGAGCCCAAAGCGACCAUCGCUGAUGCAUACGAAUCCGCCGAGAGCGACAUCAUCCCAGAGAAUGAUGAGUCUCCUCGCGAGGCCGCCGCACGAAUUGUGCAAGAGGAUCUUGAGCUCUGGGAGGGCAAAUUCAGCAAGGUUGCGGAAGAAGGCGCCUCCGAAAUAGAGGAUCGUAUCGAAGAGGUUACAGCCAGAAUGAUCGAGGAGGACCUCUAUCCCAUUGGCCGGAACACCAUCGUCAAGCUGUACAAUGUCAUCCUGGCGGAGAUGGCGACGCUUCAUAACGGGAUCCGCGAGUCCCUGCAGGCCAAUGUCGGCAACAUGGAGCAGCUUGACGAGGAUGUGCGCGGGUUACUGCGCAAGAGUGGGCUGCCAAUUAAAAAUGCUGCUCAAGAGUGCCGCGACUGGCGUCAGCAGUUUGAUCAGAACCUAGAGAACGAGGUCACCGCGGUCGCCCAGGAGCACUUUGAGAUCCUGGAGCAGACGCGCGAUCUCGCGAUCCAGAAGAUUGGCAUGAAAUGGGCCUGGAUGGAUGGCAUCACAUACAAGGACUGGCAGAAGUACCACGAGCUCAAGGACAAGUUCCGUGAGUGGAUCAACGACCUGAAGCGGCUCAUUGUCACACAUCCGGCUCUUGUCGAUGCCCAGAAGCAGUCCGCCUCCAUUGACGAGGAGGCCAUGGGCAUCGCGGAGCACGCCGUCAAGGAGCUCAUGAAGCUCAAGGAGAUUGCGCGGUACAAGGCGAUCGCGGGCGACUUUUCGGAUAACUUCGUCGAGGAGCAGAUGAAGCUUGCGGCCCAUGACGCAGAGAAGAGGCGCGCCGAGGAAGAGGAGGCUGCUAGAGUCAAGGCUGCCGAAGCUGAAGAGGCUGCUCUUGCCGAGGCUGCACGGGCUGCUCAAGGCGACUCGGAAGAGUCACAGUCUAUCGCUGAGGAUGUCAUUGACACAGAAACUUCUGCGGUCCCACCGCUCGACAGCUUGACUGAGGAGCCCACCGAGAGCGCUACCGACCUUGCUUCCGAUGCGACAAACGAAGCCGAGCCUUUUGAGACUCUGGCUGGUGAAGAACCCGUCCUUGCGGAUGGGCCUGAGCAGAUCGCUGAAGAGAUCGUUGAGGAAUCAGAGCAGCCCGUCCCACCUCCCGUUGCCACACCAGAGGUGAAGUCAGCAUGGCUCGGUGCCGCAGCUCAAGCAGUUCCCUCCAGACAGCCCAUCAUCGACGAGGAAUAUCUCGAGUCCGCUGAGAGUAUCGCAUCAGUUGUCAAGUCUGACGUUCCUGCGAGCAUCACCUCGGCUGCCCAGGCUGCCUACACUGCGGCCAUUGCCCAGGCUGCCAAUCAAUACUCCAAGGCCAUGUCUGUGGUGUCGGUCCAGAUCUCGGGUGAGCCCAAACCGCUGCAGGAGCAAAUGUACAGCUCUGUAUCGGACGCCUACUUUGCGGCGCUGGCCUCGGCCAAUGCUGGGCUCAACUCUGCCUUGACGGCCGCUUCUGAGGGUGUCUAUGGCACGCCCACCACGCGCUGGAUGCCCGCCAUGCCCACGGUCCCCUCUGUUGACUGGGAACGUGUUCAGAGUAUUGCGCAGCAGAAUCUCGACGACUCCCUCGGCUGGGCUAAUAAGCAGUACGAAGCCGCCAAGGCUGCCGCAUCUGAGCAGGUUGAGGCCGCCAAGAUUGCGGUAGGUGCCGCCGAGCCAUCCCCCAGCACUUAUCUUGAAGCUGCACAGAAGCGUGCCCAGAAGAUUCAGGAACAGGCGCAACACAAUUACUACGCCGGCCUCGGUGUCGCCUAUGCGCGCUACUCUGAGUUCCUCUCUGCCGCCUCUACUGCCGUUAGCAGUCUGACCGCCACUCCCACCCCCACCAAUGUUCAGGGUUCCGCCUCGUCCGUAGCUUCGGUUGCUAGUGCAUCCGCAGCUUCCGCAGCCUCAGUCGCGAGCGCAUCGGCUGCUUCCGCAGCUUCAGUUGCUAGCGGGGCAGCGGCCUCCGUGGCUUCGGACGCUGGCCAGAUGGCCGCCCAGGCUGGCGAGACCGUCGGCGAGACCUGGGAAUCGCUGGUCAGCGCAGUCAGCUCACAGAUCUACGGCGCCCCUACUCCCACUCCCUGGUACGAGAACCUGUACGCCACUGCUGGUGACUACGCGGCUGCCGCUGGCGCCUAUGCCGCUGCUGCGACGGACGCUGCUGGCCAACAGUACUCUCAGGUAGCCGAAGUCGUUGGUGACUACGCCUCUUCCGCUGGUGACUAUGCCGCAUCAGCCACCAGUGCCGCUGAUUCUCAGUACUCUGCAGUCAGCUCGCUGGUAUCUGAGCUGAUUGUCGGCAAGGAGCCCACUUUCACAGAGUCAGUCUACUCCCGCCUGGCCGGCGCUUACGACUUUGGCAUGGCCUCGGCGUCUAGCCUUGCCAGUGUGGCAGCUGAGACAAUUGUGAACGCGGCGAGCGAGGUGACUGAAGGUGCCAGCUCGGUGAUCAGCGUUGUCGAGGAGACCGUCGCAUCCGCGACGGAGAAGGUGAAGGAGACGGUCGAGUCUAUCAGGGAUGAGCUAUGA